AUGGAAACUUCUCGUGGGAAACGAAAGAGGAGCGCUCCCAAAGACCAGGAAGCUGUGAACCCUACCGAAUUAGAAGACAUUUUGAUUGACAUUUUAGACGAGGACUUAGACAAGGAGGACAUUGAUGACAGUGACCAUGACCCUGACUACUUGGAGGAAAGUGAUCAUGCUACAGACACAGAUCAAAGUGACUCAGAAAAUAAUGACCUGACAGCCAAUACCAGCACUUCUUCAGCUUCUAAUGAAAAUUUAGUGGGGGGUGACAUUCCAACUGACGAUGGCAACAACUUGCAGCGAGGAAGAAAUCUCUUCUAUUUUGGGCGUAGAACAAAAGAAAUGAUUAAAAAAAAUGUCUCAGGAUUCAAAUGGAAGAAAGAAUUCCCAAAUCAAGCUGUUCGAACUAGGCGAGAGAAUAUUGUCACACAAUUACCAGGUUUGAAGGCCCAUGCUUCAAAUCUGGGAGACAACCCUGAAGUUAUAGAUGUAUGGAAACUACUUUUCACACAGGAUAUUAUUGAUGAGAUAUUGUUAUGGACCAAUAAAAAAAUUGCAUCAAUAAGACCACGCUACAAAAAUCCAACUUCAUUCAUUCAUGAUGCUGAUUAUACAGAAUUGUAUGGAUUUAUUGGACUACUUAUCUACAGUGCAGUAUUCAAGAGUGGAAAUGAAUCAGUUGAUAGUAUAUUUGCAACUGAUGGAACCGGCCGGGAACUUUUUCGUUGUACCAUGUCAAAAGAAAGGUUCCUAUUUCUUUUGCAUACACUCAGAUUCGACAACCCAGAUGACCGAGAUGAUAGAAAGAAAGAUGUGAAAGAGGCUGCAAUUUCUAAUAUUUUUUAUAAAUUCAUUGAGAACAGCCAGCUAUGCUACACAGUGGGGACAUCCUGUUGUGUCGAUGAAAUGCUGGUCCCCUUCAGAGGUAGGUGCUCCUUCAAAAUGUACCUACCAAACAAACCGGCAAAAUAUGGGCUGAAAAUUCAAUGCCUCACAGAUGCGAAAACGAAUUACCUCUACAGUGCCUAUUUAUAUACUGGUAAAGGGAGUGAUGGUGAAGGCCUAUCAGAUCAAGAUCAAAAACUACUGAAACCUACUCAAGCUGUAAUACGAUUAACUGAAUCAAUAGAAGGAACCAACAGAAAUAUAACCGCUGACAAUUGGUAUAGCUCAUAG